AUGGAAGCUACCGUGCAAGCAUUCAACAACCUUCCGCGCCCUCAGACAACACCGUCGGGGUUAUCGUCUUAUUGGUACUUGGCCGUCAGACAUGUUCCCUUAAACCCGCCUAGCGACCUAGUUCAUUUGGUUCAUCCCGAGAGCACCUUUAUGCAUACUGCAGGGCCAAAAGACAUUCUAUCUUUACCAACGCCAGGCGCCCAGGCAGAUAUUGUCGUGCCUCUCCUUCUCGAAUCGUUCGUCAAGGGACUUGAUAGAGGCCCAAAUGGAGAGGUAUCUGAGGUACCACCUUUCGCGCCUUGGACGUGGGGCACAAAAGACGCCGGUCUCGCCAGAGCCAUCGAGGCGAAGCUCAAGGCCUUGGGUGUGCGGGAAGAUCUUUGCAGUAUGGGUAUUGGAAGCAAGAGAGAUAAUGAUGCAUCUGAUGAAACCUGGUCCGUAUUUCUCAGUAAACUCAAGGAGCUGACAGGACAAGGCGCGGCCGACACUAUGGCAUGUAGCAGUUGUAAGAAGGGUGCUUCAACGUUUUCAACACCACUACUUCGCUGUGCAGGGUGCCUCAAAGCCUCGUAUUGUUCAAAACGAUGCCAAAAAAAUGACUGGAAGGAGCACAAGAAGGUUUGUGUUAAGAGUCCUGAAAGUUCCCCGAGAGACCCUUUCACGUACUACAACACAAUCGCGCAUACAGUGCCAGAAGCGAAAGAUCUCGCCAAGUCCGUGAAUUUGACCCUUCCCACUGGUGCUACGGAAGGCCUAGAGAAACCAAUUCGCCGACUCAUCAUCACUGGCAACGAUACGCCCAAGAAUCUCCAGCUUUUUCUUGGACCAGGCUGGAAAAGCAUUGAAACUUCCAUCUACAAACCAGCUCGUAUCAACGUACUUCUUCAUCCACCACCGGGAUCUCCUAGUUAUGCUAUUUACGGGGGAUUGGAUGCCGGCGCUCCCUCAUUGUCACCACGCCAGCCGAGUCCCGCUGAAAGCGAGGAGAUUAAGACCAUCCGGGAUCUUCAGGCUACUCUUUCAAAACAUUUAGGUUCCCGAAAGGAGGUGACACCGCAGGAUAUGCAGGUUGUACUCUCUAGUUUUGGGGCCAACUGGGAUCGUAUGCUACCAUUUUACGAGAUCGCAGUCAACAGCAUGGAUCAAGGUGUCGUGGUGCCGUAG